GAAGGCUAGGACUGUAACUGGGUUUAAAAGAGAACUAGAUAAAUUCACAGAGGAUCCCUCCCACUUUUCCAAGGCAGAAAAUCUACAGACCAAGAAACUUACUUCUCAGUUGUCCACCAAGCUAGACUUAUCGCAAUGAAGCUAAUUCAGCUGAUUUGCUUUGCUGGCUGCCUUGGAAUAGGAUGGGCUGUACAACUGUCCAGUUUAGACAAAAUCUCACUAGAUUUCUUUCCAAAUGCGAGCGUGAUUUUAGCAGCAAGAAUGAGUUCAUCUUUCAUUGUUAAUAUUCCUAAGUGUAUUUCUUCCUCUCAAUUCACACCCACCACGAUUAGACCAGCAGUAGCAGCUGUUGGUGAUAAAGUUGCUAUGCCAGCUGUGACAGACACCAAUCAGAUCAAAUCCCUCCACUCUUCCUCUACUGCCCAAGUUUACUUUGCGGGAGAAUUCAAGAGUGUCUCAUGUAGAAUAGCCAGGGAUCUUGUGAGCAUGGACAUUGAUGAUGGGAACUACAAGCUGACCACAGUCGUAGGCUACCAGGUUGGGGUAGAAGUCUGUGAAAAAGCUAAAGGCCCCUUCUGCAAUCGUGCCCUUCAGCCAUCGUCGAUUUACAGGGUAAAUUUCUUUAUUUUGGAUGAAAAUGCGGUAAUAAGAGCUCACACCGGCUGGUCAGAUGCCAUACAAACAAACAAUGUGACAACCUUCACGGCAUAUGAUGGAUCAUUCUUAGGGCGGGCCGGAGGAAUGAUAGUGAUCACGGUACUGCUUUCUGUUGGUAUGUUCGUGCUGGUGGUUGGCUUAAUUGUGGCAGCAGCUCUUGGAGGAAAAAAAUCAUAAAUCAGGCAAGCCAAGAUUGCCUUCCAGAACAAAAAUGACUACCAAUCUGAAUGAACUGUUUUCCGGGAAUCAAGAAAAUCUACAAUAAUGAGUGCUGCAUUAAAGAGGGAACAUGAAGAAUUAGAAAUAGUAUAAAUCAGAAUUGAAGAUGUAUAAUGUAUCAAAUGAAAACUGUAUAUAGCCUGAUUUACAAUGUGACAAUUUUUAUAUCAAGAGCUAACAUUAGAGUUGGGCCCAAACCGAAACUCUAGGUCUAAACAACCCUGAUGUUUGGUUCCAAGUUGGCUUGGGCCUUUCUUUAGCUAAGAUACUUUGGUGCCAUAAACAAAAAUCCAUCGUCAUUAACCUGAGACAUGCAGCUAGGGAGUUGUAUAUCAUGUGCCACAGUGCAUGACUUUUAAUUCUAGGAGCAACAUUUCUGAGGGUGCUUGGGCAGGCUUUAUAUCUCUGUGUCUUAACACAUCUGCUGUGUUAGUGGUUGUAUGGUGUGCAAUGGUGGAUUAUGGGUGCACUGAGGGCUAUGGCUCACUGUGUGUAGUGAAUUUCUAUUUACACCCAUGAAUCAGAGGCCACCAUCUUUGAGUCUGACAUUUCAUGUUGGCUGGAGAGGAUGUAUGGUACAUUGUGCUAACUGGUAUAGGAGUUGAUUUUAGAUGCCUGAUCCUUAGAGAUGUUGAGCAGCUAUAACUUCCAUUAACCCACUCCAACCUGCCACCUGGCAGUCUGCUGACAAUGGCUUACCUGGGACCCAUGAAGCCCAGCUCCAGGGUUAGGCUCUGCCCUGCGGUCUAUUUGGCAGAGCCCUGAAGCAGCUGACUGGCCCUACUUAAGCCGGCAGCAGGAACAGUAAGUUGUCUGAACAACUGGGCUUCACUCUGCUUGGGACUUGUGUGCCUCGUGGCUCCAUGUCCUUGAUUUCUUGGCAUCUGACUUGUGGUUCUGGACCUUGUGGUUCUGGAGUUUGUUUCCUGCCUCUGACCUCCUGGUAUCCUGACCCAUCUUGACUCUGGUUCCUGACUUGUGGUUCUGACCCCCAGUCUAUCUUCUGCUUCUGACCUUCUGGUAUCCUGACCCAGCUGACUCUUGACUCCUGUCUUGUGACUGGACUCUGGCUCCAACUGCUAGGUUUGACCUGGUGUGACACCCAAGACCUCUCAGGAUCAGGCCCUACCAUGACAUUGUAGAUGUCCUGAUGAGUUUACAUGGUUUGCAUAUUGAUCCAUAGUGACAGUUAUUCUCCUGAAGGGUCUGUGCCCAAGGCCACUCUGAAAAUUUUCAUUUAUGCUAAUGAGACUUGUCAAGUAACCACUAAAACUGAGCUGAAAGAGCUUUUAUUGCUUUGAGCUGAGAAGCCUCAUCUCAGCUGACAGAAUUUGCUUUGAUGUUUUGGCAACUGCACUCAGACCUCUGAAGUGGUCCAGCUGUGAGCUCUCAGAGGUGUAAAUAUUUUCAAUUAGUAUUUUCAGUAUAAAUAAUAAUACCAAUAACCAAAUCAAAUUCUUUAGGUUUGAGGCUCUGGGGUGGUUAAAAGAUAAAUUUAGUUUAGUCAAAGACUGUGAAUGACACUAUAAGUGAUAGAAUUAAAGACUUCAUUUAAAAUAGAAAUUUAAAAUAGAAUAGAUGGUUAAAGCAAACAGGAAGUAUGAUAUAACCAUAUACUGCAUUUUUAUACUCACAUUCCAAAAUGAAAUGGUGCAGCCAGGGGUGACCAUUCCCUGAAUGAGGAGAAUGGGUAAAUAAUCCUUUUUCUAAUGGUAUCUUGAUGGUGGAUGAGCAUGCUAAUCUAAAAUUAAUGUGCUAUUCUUUAAAAAAUAAUUUACAACAACACCCUUGAUUAAUUAGCAUUAAGCCUAUCUUUUACCAUAUCUAUAUUUCUGCUACCUUAAUUAAAAUGCCUUCUACUCCCUCAUUGGCUAUUUAAUAUUAAACAUUUAACAUUAUCUUUAACAACUGUGUAAAUGCCAUUCCGAUAACUGUCAGUAUAGAUAGCAUCCUUCCAGAACAUUUACAUUACGUCCAAAACUCUUGCUAGAACCAAACACAUUUACAACAUGGCCUGGGGUUAUGUCCUAAAUUAUCACUAACUUGACUAUGAGCUCUCUUUCUUCACUUCACCCACAAUUUACCACGCCCUCGCUACUGUCAAAUCUAAACUUUGCCCCCUAAAUGUAUUCUCCACUUACAUUUUAGCACAUUUCUAUUACAUUUUUAUGUAAUAUAAACAAACAUCACUUUUAUAGGCUACAGAGGACAGAUUCCCAAUCAUCAUCAUGUGGCAAAAGGAAAAAAAUACCGGAAAAAAAAAUAGAUUGAGAACAUGGAGUCUGAGUUUAAUGGAGAUGCGAAUAUGGCAGACCCCUACAUAAUUAUAUAAAAGUACAACCUAUAACUAAGAGAG